AUGGCUCUUGGACUCGCUUCCGUAGCGGCAGUAGCUGGAGGACUUGCGCACACCCCUAUCGCACUGCUCACACUCAUACCACUUUUAGCUGUAGGAGUCAAUUACUAUAGAUACCAAAGUGUGGAUCCGGAGACGAAUCCCACCGACCAGCAAACGCUAAGGCGAUACUAUGACUUCGUCGUCAUUGGGGCCGGUUCGGCCGGAGCCGUCGUGGCAUCGCGGCUGUCCGAGAUCGGCGACUGGUCGGUGCUGCUACUCGAGGCUGGCGGUGACGAGAACGAGGUCACGGAUGUGCCCUCCCUGGCCGGUUAUCUUCAGCUGACCGAGUACGACUGGAAGUACCAGACGACGCCCUCGGCCGAUCGGCGCUACUGCCAGGCAAUGAUCGGCGACCGGUGUAACUGGCCGCGCGGCAAGGUGAUGGGCGGCUCGUCCGUACUCAACGCGAUGGUGUACGUGCGUGGUAAUCGGCUCGACUACGACUACUGGCAGGAACAGGGUAACGUCGGCUGGGGCUACGAGAAUGUGCUGCCGUACUUCAUCAAAUCGGAAGACAACCGCAAUCCGUACAUGGCCCGGUCACCGUACCAUGGGGUCGGGGGCUACCUUACCGUGCAGGAGGCACCGUGGCGGACGCCACUCUCCGUGGCAUUUGUGGCGGCCGGGCAGGAGAUGGGUUACGAAAAUCGCGACAUCAACGGCGCAGAUCAGACGGGCUUUAUGUUGCUUCAGGCGACCAUACGCCGUGGUAGCCGGUGCAGCACAUCCAAAGCCUUCCUGCGACCGGUGCGGUUGCGCAAAAACCUUCACAUUGCCAUGAACGCGCACGUCACCCGCAUUCUGUUCGAUGAGCAGCACCGUGCGUACGGCGUGGAGUUCGUGCGUCAACAGAAGCGGCAGUAUGUGUUCGCGCGCAAAGAAAUCGUACUGUCCGCGGGGGCACUCAACACGCCCCAGAUACUGAUGCUCAGCGGCGUUGGACCGGCCGAGCAUCUUGCCGAGCUCGGCAUACCGUUGGUGUCCGAUCUGCCCGUGGGCGAUAACCUCCAAGAUCAUGUCGGGCUGGGAGGGUUAACGUUUCUCGUCGACCAGCCCGUCACGGUGAAAACGUCCCGGUACAGCUCCGUCCCGGUAGCGCUCGAGUACUUCCUCAACGAGCGUGGCCCCAUGACGUUCCCGGGCAUCGAAGGGGUCGCGUUCGUCAACACCAAGUACGCGGACCCGUCCGGCAAGUGGCCCGACAUUCAGUUCCACUUCGGUCCGAGCUCGGUCAACUCGGACGGGGGUCAGAACAUUCGGAAAAUUCUGAACCUACGCGACGGGUUCUACAACACCGUGUACAAACCGAUCCAGAAUGCGGAAACCUGGACCAUCUUGCCAUUGCUGCUGCGACCCAAAAGCACCGGCUGGGUGCGGUUGCGCUCGAAAAACCCGUUCGUGCAACCGUCGAUCGAACCGAACUACUUCGCGCACGACGAAGACGUGGCCGUGCUGGUUGAGGGCAUCAAGAUUGCGAUCAACAUCUCGUACACGCAAGCCUUCCAGCGGUUCAAUUCGCGUCCGCAUGCGAUCCCGCUGCCCGGCUGCCGGCAUCUACCGUUCAUGUCCGACGCGUACUGGGCGUGCACGAUCAAGCAGUUUACCUUCACGAUCUACCAUCCGGCCGGUACGGCGAAGAUGGGACCGAGCUGGGACCCGGGCGCCGUGGUCGACCCACGGUUACGCGUGUACGGUGUGUCAGGGUUGCGCGUGGUCGACGCAAGCAUCAUGCCGACCAUCAUCAGCGGCAACCCGAACGCACCCGUCAUCAUGAUCGGCGAAAAGGCGGCCGACAUGAUCAAGGAGGACUGGGGCCGACUGGUCGGUUGGUAA